AUGUCUCACCGUAAAUUUUCGGCUCCACGACAUGGAUCGAUGGGUUUUACACCGAAGAAGCGCUCGAAGCGUCAUCGUGGAAAAGUAAAGGCCUUCCCCAAGGAUGAUCCCUCGAAGCCAAUCCAUUUAACCGCAUUUAUGGGUUUUAAAGCUGGCAUGACCCAUAUUGUUCGCGAAGUUGAUAAGCCAGGUUCAAAGGUUAAUAAAAAGGAAGUUGUCGAAGCGGUUACAGUUUUGGAAACGCCUCCUAUGAUUAUUGUUGGUGUCGUGGGAUACAUCGAUACGCCGCGCGGUCCACGACAGUUUAAGACGGUGUGGGCUGAACAUCUGUCAGAGGAUUGUCGACGAAGGAAUUCAUCCAAAAAGAAGGCAUUUCAAAAGCAUGCGAAGAAAUGGCAAGAUGAGGAUGGUAUGAAAUCAAUACAAGCUGAUUUGGCCAAGAUGAAAAAAUACUGUUCGAUAAUUCGUGUCAUCACACACACACAGAUGAAAGUUAUGAAACAUCGAGAGAAAAAGGCCCACAUUAUGGAAAUACAAGUAAAUGGUGGUACAAUCCCCGAAAAGGUUGACUGGGCAUAUGAACACUUCGAAAAACAGGUGCCAGUGGACUCAGUAUUUGCCCAAGAUGAAAUGAUCGAUGUUAUUGGUGUUACCAAGGGCAAAGGUUUCAAAGGUGUUACAAGUCGUUGGCAUACGAAAAAACUUCCACGAAAGACACAUAAAGGUCUUCGAAAGGUCGCUUGCAUUGGAGCGUGGCAUCCAUCUCGUGUACAAUUUACGGUAGCUCGCGCUGGUCAGAAAGGUUAUCAUCAUCGUACAGAAGUUAACAAGAAGAUCUAUCGGAUAGGAAAAUCUUGUAUAACCGAAGAGGGCAGAAGAAAUGGUGGUACAGACUAUGAUAUCACCGAGAAAAGCAUUAAUCCUAUGGGAGGCUUCCCGCACUAUGGACUGGUGAAUCAGGAUUUUGUCCUGAUUCGAGGAUGUUGUAUGGGCUCAAAAAAAAGGCCUAUAACAUUGAGGAAGUCAUUAAUUGCGCAAACAAAACGUUUCGCCUAUGAAAAAAUCAACUUGAAGUGGAUUGACACCAGCUCCAAGUUUGGUCAUGGACGGUUCCAAACACACGCGGAAAAGAAGGCAUUCAUGGGCAAAUUGAAGAAAGAUUUCGUUACUGCUCAGUAG